CAGUUUGUCUAAAAUAGGCUACAGAUGAAGUUUAUUUUUCAGCUUUUAUAAAUUCUGGUAAUCAUCAUGUUUAGAUUCAACGGAGAUUCGAAUACUACAAAUAACAUAAUGUCGCAUGCAAUACGUCGCUCCCAGUACGCCUUGGAGCGAGCAGUGGCCGAGCAGUGUAUGAUGGACGAUCAAUAUUUUAGCUUGCUAUACAAAAACUAUGAUGCCAAUAGUCUUGCCACAAGCAACAUGACAACAAACAACAGUACGCACAGCAUCGACGAACCCACCCACGUCAGCAACAGUGCCAACAACCUGGGUUGGGCUAGAAAUGAUAACGACAAGGCCUGGACACCCAGUCUGCUCGAUUACAGGAACAUGGAUGCGGAAUUAACACGCCUGCAGCUCGAAUGCGAGAAUAUAGAGUCAACUAUGGCACGGGUAGGAUCGGGCACUCUAAGUAAUAAGCCCACGGAGACUUCAGAACAGUCAAGUCGUGAAUUUAAUUUAAUUGGCUCGGCAGUGCCAACUGCUGUACGUUUGCCAACUCCGCCACGCGUUCCUCCAUCAAGAAUCGAUCUGAAUCGAGAAUCGAGUCUGAACGCUUCAGCUCUAGCAAUACCAGCUGUCAGUACUUCGGUACGACGUCGUCACACAAGCACGCUGGCAGAGAUCUCCUACAGGCUGCCGUCAUUGUCAAUGAUUGGCGGAUCGAAUGUAGCCAGCGCCAACAAUGUAGCAUUGCCUCCAUUGCCGCCCAGCCCAAUCAGAUCGGCCUCACCAGCUCGCCCAGCUGUGGAGCAGCCGGCAGCGAGAAGAAAGGAAUCGGAAGUGUUGGUGCCCCCAACGCAUAUGGAACCGUACAAAUGUCCGGUCUGCCUGAAAUGUGUGCGUCAACGGAAGCCCGCCUCGACCAUAUGCGGUCAUGUGUUCUGCAGCAGUUGCAUAAAGACCGCAUUGCGCGCCACAUGCAAGUGUCCUGUGUGCCAGAGAUUGAUGACCACACGUCAAAUUUUCCGAAUAUUCAUUUGAACCAUGUUUGUUUUAAAAAUUCAUUAAAUUCUUUCGAUGUGCGCCCAAA